AUGAUGGGAGACAGCAAAGUUGGCGGCAACAACAGCGGUGGUGGUGAUGAUGGUGGUGGGGGUGGUGGCAUGUGCCAGCUGUGCUUUGCGGAGGACAGGGCGUGGUUCCAGGGCCGCGUAUUGCCUGGCACAGAAGCAUCGCGACAGCUCGGCCUCUUUGGCGAACAGCUGACGGAGGAAGAAGAGGGCCGGGAGCUUGCGGCCACGAAAGAUGCGACGUUCCACCACUGCUGCUUCAGCCCCGAGGAUCCUCCCACGUUCUUCCGCGUCACUGUCAUUGACUUUGGCGCCAACACACGCCAGGUCGUGCCGAUUGUGGCGUGUACAAACGGAGACUUUGUGAAGCUGGAGUGCGCACAGCUGCAGUUCAGCACUGAUUCCAUCAAGAUUGAUGAGGAGGCGCGCGCAUUCGCUGAAGACUUUUUCCCGAAAAUGGCGGCGAGCGGUGCUGAUGUGCACGUGUGUAUCGGCUCCAUCUCCUUCUCAAACCUCCCGCCACCACAGACUGCACCUGUGCGCGCGUGUGCACAUGCGCCUGAUGCUGACAGCUGUGCACGAGAUGGCGCGAAGGAAGGACGUGAGGUCGAAUGGACAGACGACGAUGAUGCCGAUGAUGAUGGUGGUGGUGAUGAUAAUGGUGGUGGUGGUGUCGAUGAUGGUGAUGUGAACGAUGCUGACAACGCAUUGAUGAUGCAUGAGGAUGAGGAUGAGGAUGAGGAUGAGGAGGAGACAGAGAGCGGUGAUGGCGGUGGCGAGCACUGUCUCAACAAGGAAUGUAACGACAGUCACGGCUCCGAUAUGGAGACACGUGGCAGCGAUGAUGAUGAUGAUGAUGAUGAUGAUGAUGAUGAUGAUGAUGAUGAUGAUGAUGGUGAUGAUGAUGAUGAUGAUGAUGAUGAUGGCGGUGGUGGUGUCACUGCAGGGAAGGGCGUUCCUUCUUUGGUCCCGCUUGCAGACUUCCUUCAGCUGUUUCUUGAAAGCUGUCAGCACAUCUUGGGUUGGAAGGACAAGCAGAAGGAAGACGCGGAAGGAAAGGAAACAGGUGCGCCAUGCGCUGUUGGUGCUGGUGGUGGUUACGAGCAGCAGCAGCAGCAGCAGCAGCAGCAGCAGCGGUGCCACUGCUUCUUUGACACAAGCAGAUCACUGGCCCCAGCUUCCACUGACUUUGCACGGUGCGCCCACACUGUGUUCCAGAACACUUCCGGCACCAUGGGCGCAAAAGGAAAGCGACGCAAGAAGGGCGCCAAGCAGCAGCAGCCGCCGGAGCAGGAGGCUUCAGUGCCACAACAACAGCAGCAGCAGGAACAGCAACAGGCGGCAGAGGGCCGGUCAGGACCACCGCCGCCACUGAACCAGCAGACGGUGCAAUCGCUCAACAUCUUCAAGCGCUACGAUGCCGCGCUGGCUGAGGAACUGUUGAGUGCGCUUGAUCUGUACGGCGGCACCUACGUCAAGUCAGCCUCAACGGCAGACACCAACGUCUACCAUUUUCCAUUUGUGUCGAUGAGCGGCGAGGCGCAGGCGACGCUGGUGUUUGCGCUGACGCCACCGCUGUUUAUCCAGCACGCCCUCCGCGACGCAGCAGCGGCCAAGCAGGCACGCAGGCAGGCGCGCCGCCGGGCCAAAGCAAAAGCCAAAGCCAAAGCAAAGGCCGGCAGUGGCACAGAUGCAGCCUCCAUCCACAUCUCCAGCAGCACCAGCAGCAGCAGCAGUAGCGGUGAUGAUGAUGAGGAUGAGGACGAGGGUGAGGGCGACGGUGAUCCGAUUCUGACCAGCCUUCAGGCCUUCAUCAAGGACGCGGUUGGAUAUGAUGCGCGGACGGUGUACAAGAUGAACGCCUCCCUGGCCCAGCUCAAGUUCCUCACCAACAACACCGUCACAGACUCGUGCUUUGCCUCCAUCUUCGGCCUCUGCUGUACGGUGCUGGAGAACCCUGAGGAGAAGGUGAGCUUGGUGCAAAGCAUCCCCACCCGCCACCCGUCGCCCAUUCACGAUGACGAUGCCGGUGGCGAGAAUGCCACCAAUGCCAGCACCAGCACCACCGAUGUGAAGCCCGCAGCCACGACUGCAGCUCGGCCCAACGGCGACGGUGACGGCAUCAGCAGCAACAGCGUCCGCGGUGAUGGUGCGCCCGAGGUGGUGCAGGCAGCCGAUGGUGCUGGGACGAGUGGAGCAACCGCAGAAGACAAGGCAUCAGCGACAGCAGCGACAGCAGCGGCUGCAGCCCCCAAACAGGCGAAUGCGGGACCUCUUCUGCUGUCAGCAACAGCCUACGACGAGGAAGAGGAGCAGGCAGCCAGUCUGAGGACACUCGUGCAAUCGCUGCUGUUGCAUCAGCGGCUGGUGCUGGCCAAGCCGGCCUUCCACUAUGAGCAGUGCAUGGUGUUCCAGGCGGUGACUCCAAACGGCAGCCCCGCCCUGGCCCAGGUCAUCUUCGUUGCAAACAACGCCCGCGCCUCACGCGCCCCGGGCACGCCGCUGCACGAGCACCGCCAGCGGGCCGAGUACCACUGCAACGACAUUCCCCUGCACCCGAACAUUGCCCGCCCCAUCGACUGGAUCCUGGCCGACCGGCAGCAGUGCGUUGCGGUGUGCCACGAGGUGACGUCCAUUGUUGCCCCGCGCUGCCUGUACGACCGCAUCUCGCUCGGCGGGUUUAUGGACCCCAUUGUGGCGCAGGCCGUGGCCUGGGACCUCCUGGCAGGGCUCAUGCUGCUGCACAUGUGCGGCCAGGCGCACACGGCGGUGUCGAGCGCCAACGCAAUUGUGGAGGAGGACGAGGCCGGCGGGUACAUGGUGGUGGAGAGCGUGCUGGCGCGGGACGGCGCAUGCGCAGAGGAAGAGCAAGCGCGCAUUGCAGCAGCAGCAGCAGCAGCAGCAGCAGCAGCAGCGGCGGCGGCGGCGGAACAGGAAGGGGAAGAGAAUGAAGGGGAAGAAGAUGAGGAGGAGGAUGAUGAUGAUGGGCGCGCCUCGGAUGGCGAUUGUGACAAGGAUGACAAGGGCAAUGUCACCACCACUGCUGGUGGUGCUGCCAAUCAUGCUGACGAAGAUGGUGGUGAUAAGCGUGGAGAGGACGGCGCAGAUGACGAAUCCUCCAGCCAAAGGAAGAACGUGGAGCAAACGAAUGGCGACAAUGUGGAGCCGAGCGCCGAUGCUGAUGGCAACAGCAACAACAGCGACGAUGCGCUGCCGUUUAGCGUGAACAUCCGUCGUGCGUGCAUGGCCCAGUGGAUCAACAGCCUGACUGGAUGGGUCGGCGACACCAUCAGCGAUGACAUGUCGCUCCCACCAUUUGACGACCACGCAUACAGCUUUGACGCCCUCCGCAAGGCGCACCUCGCCAGCAAAGAGAAUGGCAACAGCAACAACACCACCAGCAAGAGCAGCAAUGGCCGCGGCCGCAGCCGCACGACAAGCACGAGCACGCGGACGUCGCCAACGGGCGUAGUGCAGCCGACAUACGCAAUCAAGGGCCGGCAGCUGCGGGAGAUGCAGGCGCGGGACGUGCGCAUGUUUGGUACGCUGGUGCUCGAGAUGUACAUGGGCCGGGAGGCGGCGCAGGCGUGGAUUGACCGGCGACGGCGGCGGGCGCAGUCAGACGCCAAGGUGCGCUGGACCCCGCAGGUGCCGCCCUCUGUGCAGGAGUUUAUUGAGCGCUGCUGGGCAACACACGUCCCGGACGACAGUGAUGAUGAUGAUGGUGGUAAUGACGACGUGUCUGUGGACAGCGAUGAGCUGGACACGGCAUCGAUCAAAUCCAUGUCGUCCACCGCCACCAACACCACAAACGCCACCAACGCCACCAACACCACGACAGCGACGACGACAACAGCAGCGACGAUGACAACAACAACGACGACGGCAGCCGCGGCCGGGUCAUCGUGGGAGGCUGGCUCGUACAUCCGAGAGCUGCUGUCGCUCAAGUUUGUGCGGCAGCGGCUGCGGUUAAAGCACCGCUACGAGGACCACGUGCUGCGCGCCAUUCACAGCCAGUCAAGGACGGUGCUCCGGUCCAAGUGGCGCGGAUUCCUCGGCAUUGGUGGAUUUGGCGCUGUCGUGCACACCUUCAACAACCUCGACAAAUCUCCUUACGCCGUCAAGAUUGUGCCUUGCUCGCUUGAGGAUGAGGAUGACGUCAUGAAGGAAGUGCGUGCGCUCUCCAAGCUGCACCACCACCCAAACAUCGUCCGGUAUCACAACGCAUGGAGCAGCAAGACCUCAGAGUGGGGCGCGGGCGAAACGGUGGUUGGCGCCGACGAGGACGAGGAGGACGACGACCAUGAUGUCGAUGAUGGCGAUGGCGUUUCCACCAGCGACGAUGACGACGACGCCGUCUUGAUGCGGCAGGUGUCCACCCCCGCCCCGCCCGCACUCAUGCGCUCCGCCACUGGUGACGCCUCCCGCAACCAGGCUGGUGACAAGAAUGGCCCUGGCACCCGCGGUGGCGGCGGUAGCGAUGACGACACGGAUGACGACACCGAUGACGACACCGAUGACGACACCGAUGACAAUGACGCUGGUGGUGGCGGACGGUUCUGGAGGGCUUCCUCCAAUCCUGCGUCGGUGCCCCGUGAGGUCAGGCGCAGCCGUACCGACAGCACGAGCAAGCAGCGCCGCGGCACCGUCACGCCACGCGCAUGCAGCCGCCACGCCAGUGCAAGCACGUCCCCGACAAAGCGCGCUGCCACCAGCCGGAGCAGGAGCAAAAGCAAGGCGAGGAGCAAGAGCAAGAGCAAGACGAGGGGAAAGAACAAGGCGCAGGUCAAGCAAGGCAGCGAUGAGACUUCAAGCAACAACACUGCUGCCACCAGCGGCAUCGAUACGCCCGCAGGCAAACCCCCGGCUGCAUCGGCUGCACGCACCCGUGGUGAGCGGGAUGGAACGAAGAGCGAUGGCGAGGUGGAGCUGGAGUCCAUGUGCUCCCACGACAGCGACACCGGUGCGGAUGACGCCGCAGACGACAGAGGUGGCGGCGCCACCACACCGAGUCGCACCCACCAGCGGCGCCGGCGGCAGCGGCAGCGGAGCGAACAGACGGGCCGCAUGCCAACACACGCGCACAUGUACGCCCACGAUGGCGAUGAUGGUGAUGAUGAUGAUAGUGAUGAUGACAGCAUCGUGUUUAGCACGACCCAGCCACCAACCACCACAACAACCGCGAGCCCUGCAACCACCACAGCCACCACCGCUCAGCAACGCGAUGACAGCAAAAGCGGUGGUGGCGAUGAUGACACGAGCGUAAGCAGCGGGUGGGCGGGCGACUCUGAGCUUGCGACGGAAGAGCUCGUCUCCGCCACAUCCAUGGCGGUGGUGGACCGGCUGCUGGGAGGUGCCGACAGCGUCAGCGAUGAUGCUGAUGCUGAUGCUGAUGCUGAUGCUGAUGCUGAUGCUGAUAGCAGCGGUGACGAUGCUGGCGGUGAUGGCGACUCGACGCCGUCAGCCAGUGAUUCCGAUGCUGGCGGCAGCAAGAAGCACACGCACGGCGGCGGCACGCGAGGGUCAUUCACGCCAAGGCACGACACCAGCAGCGCUGCCGAUGAUGAUGACGAAGACGACGACGAUGAUGAUGAUGGUGCAGCCCCUGCAGACGGAACCGAGAGCAAGGAAAAGAAGGAGCAAGACGCCUUUGUUGGCUCCAAGUUUGCCCGGGCGUUGUUCAUGCGCAACAGCAGUGACAGCUCCACAAGCACCACCACCUCUGAUGAUGAUGAUGAUGAUGAUGAUGAUGAUGAUGAUGAUGACAAUACCACCAGCAACAGCUCCAUCAGCAACAGCUCCAGCAGCAGCAGCGGCUCCAGCGACGAUGAGUUUGAUGUCGACAUGAGUGAUGAUGGUGAUGACAUCCUGGAUGUGUACACGUCUGGUGCCCGCAGUGAUGUGCUGUUUGGUGGCCAUCGCCUGAGCGACGAUGGCGAAGACAGCACAGCAGGCGACGAUGAUGGUGACGACGACGAAGAUUCCUUGAGCGCGGAGUUCAUGCGUAUGCUGCCAACGCCACUGGCCCCACGUCGCCGCGCCAGAGCCGCCGCCGUCACCACCGCACGUGACCGCGACGAGCGCCACGCCGCCGCCGCUGCCGCCGCCGCCAAUAGAGACAGCGCUGACGACGAUGGGGUUGAGCUGUACGGCUUUGACGACGAGGAAGACAUUGACUCGGAGGACCUGCCCUUUCACGAUGACAGCGGCGAUGAUGAGGAUGAUGAUGAUGAUGAGGAGGAUGACGAGGAUGACAGCGAGUACGAUGACGAGGAUGCUGCCGAGUUCGGGAAGAAGCAGAAGAAGAAAGCGCUUGGUGGUGGACGUGGUCGACGGGACGGCACAACGCUGCUGUUUAUCCAGAUGGAGCUGUGCAGCCGGCGCACGCUUCGCCGCGUCAUCAGGAGCGGCACGCAGCUGUCGUUUGCCCGCCGCAUGCGCAUCUUCAGCCAGCUGCUCGAUGCUCUCAAGUACAUGCACGAGCAGGGCCUUAUCCACCGCGAUCUCAAGCCCGAGAACGUGUUUGUCAACGACGCGCUGGAGGUGAAGCUUGGCGACUUUGGCCUGGCGAGGAAGACGCUGGACGAUCGCUUUGUUGGCAGCGGGCACACCACGCAGAGCGCAACCCGCAGCAGCAGCAGGUUUGGCGGCGGCGGCGGCGGUGGUGGUGGCCGCGGGCUUGAGAGCGCGUCACCAUCACUACCUGCACCGCCUGAUGGGGACGACGACAGCGGGAGUCUGCAAAAGCCGUUGCAGCAGCGACAGCGGCACCAGGAGGGGCGCGCCCGCGCCAACAGCACGCUGCAGAACACCGCCAACGAUGGUGUUAACGGCAGCAGCGACCACGGCCUCGGCAACACGGGUGGCACCGACGAUGCGUGGAACAAUGCCCGUCACGGCGUUGGCGGUGGUGGCGUCGGUGAUGAGCGAGAUUCGCUGACGCGGCGGGUUGGAACGGGGCGGUACAUUGCACCUGAGGUGGAGACGGGCCACUACGAUACAAAGGUGGACAUGUAUGCGCUGGGCAUCAUCUUGUUUGAGAUGUCGUUCUUGUUCGCCACGGAGACGGAGCGGCAGUUUGCCAUCCGCGACGUGCGCACGCCCGCAAUUGUGUUCCCGCCCGAGUUUGAGAACAACGCCAAGGAGGAGACGACGCGCCGCAUCAUCCGCAGCCUGCUCGUGCACGACCCCUCCAAGCGCAUGAGCGUGGACGACCUGUACGCGUCUGGCCUGGUCGACGACCCGCGGGCGCGGCAGCGGCUGAGCGACGCCAUUGAGCUGGCGACCAACCCCGAUCUGCCGGACCACCGCCGCCUCAUGCAGCGCAUGCUGGAGCGCCGGCUGUCUUGGCAGCAGCUGGCGGCGCUGUCGUCACCGGACCUGCCGCUGCGGCCCGUGCUCAGGGGCCACCGUCACAUGCACGCUCUCACCUCGCUGCUGGCGCCCGUGCUGCAGCGGCGCGGCGCCCUGGAGAUGGCGCACCCGCUGCUCACGCCGCAGUCUGUGGCGGCGCCAGAGGAGAGCAAGCAGGUGCGGCUGCUGGCCCACGACGGCACCGUGCUCAUGCUGCCGGCCCACCUGCACAUUGCGUUUGCGCACUACCUGUCGCGGAUGACGGGCACGACGCCGAUUCGCCGGUACACGAGCGGGGCGGCGUACCGGCACCAGUCGGCCUCGUCCUCCCCGCUCUCCAUUGCGCUCGUGGCCCCGUCCUCCUCCUCCUCGUCGGGGCCGGCGACCGCGGUGACGGUUAAGGGCGCCGUGAUGACGGUCAUGCACAUGGUGACGGGGCCAGGCAGCGACCGCGGCACGCGGCAGGCGCCAGCGGACGCAAAGCGGAUUGCUGCCAUGCACGACGCCGUGGUGAGCAAGAUGAACGCGCGCGGCGUGUCGCUGUCCACAGACCACCUGAGCGACCGGAACUUCUUCAGUAGCAGCAGCGGCGGCGGCAGCGGCCGCGGCAAGGAGCGCAAAGGGAAGUCACAGCGGAGCGCAGCAGCCAAGAGCGCACCAACGUCCUCACGCAGCCGACCCAAGAAGAACAGGAGCAAGAGGGGCGCUGCAGAUGGGGAUGAUGCUGCAACGGACAAAGCAGGUGGAGGUGACGGCGGAGAACAGGAAGCGGGGAAGCCGAAAGCCACAUCACCCCUCGCAAAGCAAACACAUGCCGCACAGGCCGCACAUGCCGACGGCGGGGCUGACGCUGGCACCAGUGGCGGCGACGAACACGACCAGAGCGACGGCAAGGAUGGUGAUGAAGAGAGCGGCAACAGCGGAGCGUCGCCUGCCGACGGUACCACUGGCACAGGCGCUUUGUUGGAAGCGGUGCCUGGACUGGCGCCGAUUGGGGGCGGAGCUGGUGGCAACAACACGUGCUCGCUCGCCCUCUCUGCACAGUCGCUGCUGGCGAGUGCUGGGGAAUUGCACCCGCGGCUGGCGUACGAUGUGGCCGUGCCGUCCCCGAACAUGUCGGUGCUUUGCGAUGCGGAGGUGAUUGGUGUCGCCGUCACAGUUGCACGCGUGGCGCUCCCACCUGCGGCGCCCGUGCUGGUGUCGAUUGGGCACACGGGGCUGCUCGAGUCGCUGCUGAAGGUGAUGGGCAUUGAGGCGUCGGUGCGCAGGAGCGUGUUCCGCGCACUGGUGGUCAAGGAGAGCGCGCUGCAGCAGCCGAGCGGCACAGAGGCCACGUCGGUGGAGCGGGCGAGCGCCGUUCUCGGCAGCACCAGCAGUGGCAGUGGCAGUGGCACCACUGCUGGAGGCGGCGGCCUACAGACCACAGGCGCAGCGGCGUCGAGGUGGCGCAAGGCGACCGCAGCAGCAACAGCCGUCAAUAGGUGGAGCCGUCGUACGAGCACCGCAAGUGGCCGUGAUCGCGGUGAUGCUGCUACUGCUGCUGCUGCUGCUGCUGCUGCUGCUGCUGCUGCUGCUGCUUUUGUUGCUGGCGGCGGCGGCGGUCGCAAGGACAACAACAGCCCCAGCAGUGGCAGCGGGGACGACAGGCUAGCCGCUAUGAACGCCGGCGGCCACCAGCACCAGCAUCAACAACACGUGCACCAUGGUGCGACAAGCGUGACGGUGCGAACGAUUGGGGCGCUGCGGCGCCGAGAGGUGAUCAACAAGCUGCAGCACGUGGACGGGCUGACGAAGAAGCAGCGGGCGGCGCUGACGGUGCUGUUCCUGGCCGACGGCACGAAGAAGGGCGUGCUGACAGCAGUGCGCACCGUGUUUGCGCAGUCGUGGACGUACCUGAGCGGCGACGGCACGCCGGUGAGCGUGUGCUGGGCAGAUCAGGAGCGCGCGACCGCCGCUGACGCUGAUGGUGGCGGUGGCGGUGGCGGUGACGGAUCGGGCACUGGCAACAGGUCCGCUAGUCGCAGCAAAGGCAGCAAGGUGACGUUCAAGGUGCCGAAGAUGAGCAAAGAGGAGCGGCGGGCGGCGCGGCGGCGGCAGCGACGGCGGGAGAGAGAGCAGCGGAAGCAGGCGGAGAAGGAGGAGGAGGAGGUGCGGCAGCACAACAGGGCGGCAGCACGUGCCGACGUUGUGGUGGAGGACGGUGUUGUCGCGGGCAUGGGGCGACGUGCAACGCGAAGCGACAGCGCAGGGCGCGGCGGCAGUGGUGGUAGCGGCGACGAUGGUGACGAGGCCUGGGAGGAGAUUGGUGGCCGCAAGAAGCGUGGAAAGAAGGACAAGAACAAGGACGGCGCCACGCAGCAAAACCAGCAGCAGAAGCAGCAGCGGCAGCACAAGCAUGGGAAGGCUGCGGACGCCACGACCAAUGUGCCCGCGACGAAGGGCAGUGGCGCUGCGACGUCAUCGGCCAAGGCAGCAACACAGGUGACCGCCACGACAAGCAGCACAACCUCGGCCACGACUGCUCCUCGUGGUCAUGGCGAUGUUGAUGGGCGUGGGAAGAAGGUCGAUGGGGUUGAAGAAGAGGAAGAGAAGCAGAAGAAGAAGAAGAAGCAGGAGCAGGAGCAUCAACAGCACCACCACCACCAGCAGGAGGAGGAAAAGAAACAAGAACAGAAACAAGACGGCGAAGAAGAGGAUGAGGAGGAAGAAGAAGAAGAUGAGAUGGUGCCGCCUCCACGCGUGCGAGCAGAAGUGGCGACCAGGUCGUACGAGCUUGCGCGGGCGUACCUGGAGCAGCUGCUGCAGCUGUGCGUGGUGCUUGACAAGCAGGGCGUGAGCACGCGAUCCACGGUGAUUGACGUGGACUUGUCGGCGCACAAGCGGCGGACGUACUUUGACUCGCUGGUGUACCACGUGAUGGCAGAGGUGGAAACCAUCUCCGCGUACACAGCCGAGGCACAACGGAACGCCGGCACCCCCGCAGCCAGUGAAGGCGCUGUGAAGAAAGGCAAAAAGGGCAGUGGUAGCCGCAGUGGCGGCGGCAGCGGUGGUGCUGUUGUUGCCACUGCACAGCAACAUCGCCAACGCCACAGCGCUCACCAUCAGCAGCAGCAUGAUCAGCAGGAGGAGCAGGAGCAGCAACAACAGCCUGUGCAGGUGCAGCUGCUGCAGCAACAGCAUCAGCAGCAGGAGCAGGAGCGGGCUGCGGCGGCGCGGCACCCUGACCAGCGCCGAGUAGUGAUGCUUGGCAAAGGCGGGCGGUACACGACGCUGGUGCGGCGCCUGCAGGCCUCGUCGCCGUGGUCGGUGACGGGUAUUGAGCUCAAGUUGAACGUGCUGUACGACGUGUUUGAGGCGCGGCUGGCCAGCGCAGGCCGCCUGCCUGGUGCAGCUCUGGCGAUCACAGGCCUCCCACCGCAGCUGGAAGCACAGCAGCAGCAGCAGCAACAGCAACAGCAGCAGCACUUGGCAGGGGCCGCAGCGCCGCUGCUGCCACGAGUGACGGGUGAUGUGGACGAGGAUGCGCUCAUUGCCUUCAAGUUGGACACGAUUGAGGACAUGGAAGGUGAUGAUGACGAUGAUGAUGAUGAUGAGGACGACGACGAUGGCGGUGGUGAUGAUGAUGCUGAUGAUGCUGGUGACGCAAAGGCGAGAGGGCGUGGGAGCAAGACGAGGAAGGAGAAGCAGAAGGAAGAUACAAGUACCCAUGCCAAGGGUGCAGGCACAGCCCAGGGCCAGGGGCGGAAGCGAGGCGGCGUUGGCGGGUUUGGCGUGGCUGUGACGGUGGCGGCGCGCGCGGAUGCGAAGCGGCGCCAGCACCCGCUGUUGACGGGCAUUCGGCGCCUGGCCAACCCCACGUGCAUUCCAACCUGCGGCGUUGAGAUGCACACGCAGGCCGCGACAACCACGGCUGGCGGUGCGCAGACAAACGGUGUGGGACCGUGCGGCGCUGGGCAGUGCAUGGUCGAGGUUGCGGUGGUGUGUUUGCCUGCGCGCCCGAACACGGCUGCUGCCAUGGACGAUGGCGGCACUGGCAGCGGCAGCGGCAGCGGCAGUGGCAGUGCAAGCACGAGGACGUCGCCGCGCGGAGCCCAAAAGCAACAGCACAAGCCGCAGCAGCAGCGGAAUCAGGAGCCGCAGAAGCAGAAGCGGUCGGCGGUGGACAGCGCAGCCAUGAACAUUGCAGCAGCGCACCAGCGCAGGGCCAAGAAGAAGCCAGCGACAUCAGCGGCCGCCGUCGACGUGGCGGUGGCAGAUUCGGAACUUGCCAGACACGUGGAAGGCGACGACUUUGGCGACGAGGGCGAUGAUGCGGGUGCGGAUGUGCUUGCUCCGGCACGCACCGCAGGCGGCGACGAAGCAGACACGGCCGCAGCCACCGCGAGCAGGGCGAACAGGGGUGCUGGCAGCGGCGGCAGCAAUGGCAGCAGCAGCACCAACAACAGCCGUGGAAACAGCGGUGGCGGGCGGUUCCAGGCCGUUGGCGUGAUCCUCGGGGUGCUUGAGCAGGCCGGGGUGACGACGAUGAUGAUUGAGGGUGAGGGCGCGCUGGCAGAGAUGGCAGCGCUUCAGCCGCAGGGGACGGCCAUUGCGCGCGUUGUGCUGGUGGUUGGCGAGGAGCAGAAGCUGUCUGGGCGCGUUGGCAUUGUGUUGUGCACAGCUGCUGGGCAGCAGCAUCAGAUCUCGCGGCGGCUGUUGGCGGGGGUGAGCAGGUGCUGGUGUAUGUGCAGCGGCUGCGGCGGCGCCACUCGCGCGAAGUGGAGGCUGAGGAGGCCGUGCUGCGGGCGCGGGCCCGGCUGCGGGCGGUGGCGGCGGCACGGAGCAUCGGCGGCCGGGCCUACAAGCAGGCCGUGGAGGUGCAGCUGGGCAAGGUGUGUGAGGAGUACGAGGCGGAGAAGGCCCGCAGCAUGUACGAGAUGUCGUGGGCGGCACCGCUGCCGCCGCACCAGCUGCACCAGCACCAACGGCACCACCAACAGGCGGCCAUGGACCGGCACAAACAGCAGCACCAGCAGCAGCACCGGUGGUACCAGCAGCACAAGCAGCUGCAGCAACAGCAGCGGCUGCAACAGCAGCGGCAGCAAGAGCGUGAGCAGGAUGCGUUGGCGUCAUUCAUUCAGCGCCAGCAGCGGGCCGAUGCUGGCGCUGCCAGUGGAGGCGGCGGCGCCGCCCUGGUUGGCAAGAAUGGUGUUUCUCGUGCGUCCACAGCGGCGAUGGUGGCAGACAGUGCGCGCGGCGGGCCAGCGGGCGCCAAGUCCACUGCCAGCGGUGGUGGUGAGCCACGCACGCCACCCACGGCUCGCCAGCGCCGCAACAGCGGGAGCGCCGUGA